AUGUCAUAUCAAAAUCUUCCCCCAGUCUCUAUACAAGAGCCAUUAGAAGGCCUUGGUCUCCCAUCAUCUCCUCCCAUUACUCCAAAGCUUCCUGUGCGAAGGGACAACCAGAGAUAUCCCAUAGACGAAAGAUCCGUUCUUAUUCCUCUGCCUACCCAUAUACCUUCGCUCAACUAUUUCCGUAUAUCGCGUCCAGCUGGCACCAAACGAAAAUCAGCCGCCAGACUCUACAAUAAAGCCAUGACCACACCUCCGAGUCCUGGAACGAAGAGCUUUGAUCAUUCAGACAUAUUCACCCUCUCUCCUGACUACAAUUUCAGGAAAAUACCCUCCAGAAGUGUUGAUCGUAUAUGUACUUCUCCAACCAGACCGCGUCUCUUAAUCAGUCGCUCAAAAGAAUCACCAAAAUCAUCUGAUACAGAUCUCUACACCGUCUUCCAUACCACCCCAGAACCUCAAAGCAAUCUUUCAGAAAAUUUUAACAGCAAAUAUGGCCCUAGCCUGGCUAAGAAAAGACCGGUUGAUAAGGAUCAACACAACAAACCAAACUUUCAUGCGACUCAGCCAUCCAGAAGCGAGGUUUUGCCAAAAAAAGUCAAGAUUCGUGUGACUUGGAAAGGCUCACGUCUCACAAUUGAUAAAUUGCCAUUUUACGACCGUCUACAUCCAGAAGAGGCUAUUAUUGCAUCUACCCUCCGGCUCACACCCGAGCAAUUUUUACGGUGUAAGCGAACACUGGUACUAGCUGCUUAUCAAUACACCCAGAAAGGUCUCAAGUUUCGCAAAUCAGAUGCCCAGAAGCUGUGCCGUAUUGAUGUCAACAAAACAAGUGCACUAUGGUGUGUAUUCAAUCGCCUAGGGUGGUUUCGCCCUCGUAUUUCUUCUUGA